ACACAGCUGCAACGCCGACCACCAGUACUCCUGCCAUGCGACGGCAUGGCAAGCAAGAUAAUCUUUCCGUCUGGUCCCCUUGAGAAACCGGUUUUAGACUGCAGCGUUGACAGCUCGCGUUAUCCCUGUACCCUCAGACACAAGGACUACACAUCACUUUACAGCAGGACAGUGUACGCCCUCACAACAGACCUCGUUGGACAACAUAACAUCCCCACGCCCAAUUGUGAAUUGUUUUUGAGGAAGUGUAAAACAUCGUUUAUACCGACUCCCAAACUAACUGGUUACGUUUGUUGAGCUUCGACGGGCCUUGGUCCAGAUCUGGAAUGACACCCCACAAGACUUCCUCACUAUCCUCUGCCAUCAAGAAGGCGUCGUUGUCAAGCUUGUAUUACUUCUAAUGGUGGUACACAAUACUGACUUGUUAGCUGGCAAUUGCCCCAUGCCACUUUCAGCCUGAGAUUUCAGACAUGAAGCAAAUCUGAACAUUAACACAGCAUAGGGCCUUUAAACCCACCGGACACUCUGUGACAUCAAGCACAUAGAGUAAAUCGUUGUCAGGAUGAAGUUUGUGUCAGGAUGUGUUGCGAUUGUUCUCCUCUCAUCUGUGUACGGUCUUGAGUGGCCUACAAGGAGAGAGAGUGACCCAGAUUCAGAUUUUGGUUGUCCAAGCACUACAUGUGAUAACGUGUAUGCACCAAUCAUCAUGAUCAUGGGAGGGCCAACUAUGGCGGAUCUAAUCAUAGAUGGCAAACUGAGCCUUGACUGCAGCGAUCAGACACUGACCAUCGCGGCGGAAUGCCAACUCCCUUCAGCGGGCUGUACAGAAAUUGAUGUAAUGCAGAAACUAUUCCUUGUGUACACAACCUACUGCGACAACAAAACAGAAAUUGAGGAGGAAGCGUCAUGUUGGACCAGCCGUAACUUGCCUGGGGUUCUUAAUUCAUGUCGAUAUGAACACAGGAGAGUGUUUGUCAAUCCUGCCUUAAGGGGUGUCUAUGGCGAUUGUGUUGAGCAACGAGUGGGCAGUCUGACGGAGUGCACUGAAACUAGUGGCGCCAUCUUGCGGCAGUUGGCUUUGGCUACGUUACCUUAGACAUACCCAUGCAUUUGCCAGUAAAAGAACUGAACCAGA